GCGAGGGCUCUGCUUGCUUUCCGCGGGAGAUUAGAAAGCGCCAAGGAGGAGGAGGAAGCGAGGAAGGCGCCUCCGUCUCCGUCUCUCGGUCUCCUAUUUGUGCCGGCGCGCUCCGCGAGGGACGGCGGGAGGGAUCAAUACUGGCACCAUGUCUGUGCUGUCGCGGGGAAGAUGUCCAGCCUCCUCCUCCUCGCCUUAGCCUCGCCUCCGCUCUGCUGCGCCUGCUGCUGCUGCUGCGGAGAAGAGAUGCCGGCCGUGAAGCGGGAGCGUCCCGACCGCGAGGAGCUCGCCUUGGCCGCCUUCAACCGCCCGCUGGAGGGCUACCUGGUGCCCCACUUCGCCGUCACCCCGCACCCUCCUCCGCCGCCCUACGAGCCGCUCUUCGCCGCCGCCCCGCCGCGCCCCCCGCCCUUCCUGGACUUCCACCCGCCUCCUCCUCCUCCUCCUCCGCCUCCUCCACAGCACGAAGAGCUGCUCCUCGAGCGCUUCUCCUCCUCCUCGUCCUCCUCCUCCUCUUCAUCCUCCUCCUCGGCGUCCGACUUCCAGCCCUUCCUGGAGCGCGGCGAGCCCUGCCUGGAAGUGGAGUGCGGCGAGAACAAGGCGCUGCUCUACAUCCACAAGCUCUGCCAGGGCAGCAAGGGGCCCUCCAUCCGCUACCGGGGAGAGUGGCUCACCCCCAACGAGUUCCAGUUCGUCAGUGGGAGAGAGACCGCCAAGGACUGGAAGCGCAGCAUCCGGCACAAAGGGAAAAGUCUGAAGACGCUUAUGUCCAAAGGCAUCUUACAGGUACAUCCUCCAAUCUGUGAUUGCCCUGGGUGUCGAAUUUCGUCUCCAGUGAAUCGGGGCCGGCUGGCGGAGAAGAGGACAAUCCCCUUGCCUCCAACCAGAACACCGAAGAAAGAGGCACCCUCCAUUUUCUCGCACAGCGAGGACAGCGAGGAGAGUGACAAGGUCAGCGGCCACCACUCUGAUGUCAAGCAAGAAGAAGAUUUGCAUAUUAGUAUCAUGAAAAGAAGGAUCCACGCACAUUGGGAUCUGAACAUCUCUUUCCACGAGACCUCUUGCAGCAGCCGGGACAACGAACUCACCUCCUUCAUCUCCAACCUCCACCAGAGUCGGCAGCUCGUAAUGCCAGAGACCCAGAGCCGUUGCGAGUUCAAGAGGAGCAGUUUGGAUAUCGGCUUGGGAGCGGCAGAUGAAGUUUUAGGCAAGAGGCGAGCCUGUUCACCCAACAGCAACAGCGAGUGUCCCCUCGAAAGCAAGAAAUCCAGAAGCGAGUCCCCAAAAGAAAACUCCCACACGCCUCUGCUGGAGGGCACUAUCACUCAGAUGACCCCGGAAGAGCAUUAUAGGCGCAUGAUGUCGGCUCUCAACGAACACAGCACCUUUGAGGAGCAGCAGCAGCAACAACAACGGCUCUAUCAGUUGGCCAACAGCAUGGCAGUGCCCAGCCACAGCGAUCUCCUCCGGGCACGGCAAGAGGUGGCAGCCGCAGCCCGCAACCCUGGCACUAUGGAGCCUCACCUCCCGUCGGCCGCCAACUCGUCUAGCCAGCGCCGGAAACAGGGGCUCCCGCAACACCGGGAUUCACACUUCACUGAGAGGGAGAUGUCCCACCCGCCUCCACUCCUGUCGCCGCAGAAUGCUCCCCACAUUGCAUUGGGACCCCAUUUGAGACCCCCUUUCUUAGGGGUGCCUUCAGCUUUGUGCCAGACGCCAGGUUACGGAUUCCUACAACCGGCCCAAGCAGAGAUGUUUGCCCGGCAGCAGGAGAUGCUGAGGAAACAGAACCUUGCCAGGCUGGAGAUGUCGGCGGAGAUCAUUCGUCAGAAGGAACUGGAAAACCUCCAUCGGCAGCGGCUCCUGGCCGGGGACCCCAUGAGCUUGCACCCGGGCCUGCCGCCGGACCACCCGGCUUUGCGCAACGUCCACGACAUCCCCGAGGGGCACCCGCUCAGGGACGAGCUCUCCCGCAGGAACGCCAUGCUGGUGCUCCGGCACAACAACGCCCCGCUGUUGUCGCUCAACCACCACGGGGUGCCCAGUGCUCCUACCACCCCUCCGAAGGAGCAGGGGAGCCGGAGGGGGAGCCGGAAGUCUGCACACCACCGGGCUGAAACCCCGGGCCAGAGCGAAUCCAAAGAGCUGUGCGACAGCCGCCCGUCCGACGGGAACGACGAAGAGAUGAAGGACUCUGAGAGCGACGCUGAUGUGAACGAGGAGAAACUGGACAGCUUGAAGGCUGAGAGCAGUGGCUCAGCCGGUGAGCUCAAGGAGUGCAAAGACGUGGCCAAAGCCUGCGACGGCACCAAAGAACUGAGCGAACUCUCUGCCGGCCAGAACGCAGCAGGUAGCUCCUCCAGUGCCGAGUCACCCAGCCAUCUCCUGGGCCCCGUCAUCAACAAAACGGAGGCCAAAUACCUCCCGCCGGCUUCCCUGCCGCCACCUCAACCGCUGCCCUUUGGGUUCCCGUACACCAUGAGCCCCUACUUCCACGCAGGUACUAUGGGAGGUCUCUUUUUGGAUGGCGAAGAGAGCCCUGCGCUGGAGGACGUCAGCAAGUGGACGGUGGAGGACGUCUGCAGCUUUGUGGGUGGUUUGUCCGGCUGCGCGGAAUACACUCAGGUCUUCCGGGAGCAGGCUAUCGAUGGUGAGACCCUUCCCCUUUUGACCGAAGAGCACUUACUGAACAACAUGGGGCUGAAACUGGGACCAGCGCUGAAGAUACGAUCGCAGGUAGCCAAGAGGGUUGGCCGCGUGUUGUACAUGGCCAGCUUCCCCAUGGCCUUCCCGCUGCAGCCUCCGGGCCUGCGACCCACCGACCGCGACUUGCCUCCUGCCGAGCUUCGCCCGUCCUCCACGGGAAGCGUGGCCUCCUCUCCCUACCACAGCACUCUCCUCCCCACCAGCCGCAUCUCGCCAAAGCAGGAAAACGGAAACCUCUUGCUAGUGGGCCUCGGUGAUGCCGCCAAGCCGCCGUCUUAACUCUCCCGAUGCCUCUCUCCUGCUUCGUCUUUCGGAUUUCCGGAGCCGAGACCGACACGAACUCCAAGGAGUCCGAGUGGUUGGGACACAUGGGGACGUUCAGGAUGAGCCAGGCAAAGAUUUCUCGGAAGCAACCCAAAGAUUUCUCGGAAGCAAUUUGAAAGGGACACGCUGGGAGGGAAGGGACUUCUACGGUCUUUGUUCCGCCUUGACGGAAACGCAGCCGGGACAUCGUCCGAGGAGACGCUCGAGACCUCUGGUUGCCAACUAUAAUCUCCCUUUUCCUCACGCCGCUUUUGUAAAACGCGUCCCUCGCCGGAACGUGCAAACCGUUCCUCCUUCGGGGUGUCUAUGCAUCGCUAACAACUUUCGAAACAAUACCAAAGACAGACGAACUGAACCCAACGUUCUGGUCCAUGUUUACUUCUGUUUGGAUGGUACGACGCAGCUAGCUCUGUGCGGUACGGUUUUGUUGCUUAAGAAAUUUGCAUUUCAGGGUUUUGCUGCUUCGACACUGCAAAGAACUCCGUUCUCUCUGCGCUCUGCAGACUGGAAGAAUAAUAAUAAUAUGAAUAUAGUGUUAGGGAACAAAGGGGAGAGAGGGAUGCGGCGCAGGCUCGGUUCUCCGCUCCCCAAACCAUGUGUGUACAGAACUCGUGUGUCCCGUUUUUAUUUUGUAUGUGGGGAGUGUAUGUGCGCGUGUGUGGUUCUUUGUUGCAGAGGAUAUGGAGUUGCACAUUGGACUUGGCCCACAGAGGCCAGGGAUCGGUACCCGAGAAGGCCUAUGGGGCAGCCCGCUUGCGCCGCACUUGCCCCCCUCCCCGGCUCACCCUUUGUACAGUAGUGGAAAACAAUCAUGUGAUUGAUGCUCGUCCGUCUUUCUCUCGACUUGCCCUUUCGGUUGAAAACACCUGCACGUUCGACUUUUGUGUUGGUUUGUUUGCCUUUUCAAAAAAGAAUAAUAAUAAUGAAAUCAAGAGAAAGAUAGCUCGGUGGUACCUUAGCUUCUUUAUCUUCUAUUGUAAAUGGUAACGAUCUGUCACCUCGAGGCCAAUGCUUUCGGACAAAACAAUUUAAAUAAUAAUAAAAAAGAAAUCACUUAAUUUAUAAAAUGGUUGCUCUGCA